GUCUCGAGAAAGAGAGAAACAAAUACAACACCGACAUUCUAGCCGACAUUGUUAAGCCGCUAAAGGAAAAAUUGUUGUUGUUAUUGUUUGGAGUUAACGCUAGAGUUAACGUGAACCAAUCGAACAGCGAUUGACUGGCCAUAUCUAGGGCCAUAUUUGUUGACGUUGGAGCAUAAAACCUAGCAUAAAACAUUGUGUUUUUAUUUGUGAGUCAACCAUUCGACCCGACGAACGACGUAUCGUAUCUGGAUUUCAUAAAUAACAGCGUUACGGGCAGCAGUAGAUCUAGCAGUUGAUACAGAGGAUUCAUUUCAAGCCGAUUCCAACUGUGACGCCGCACACUAGGCCGCACAUCAAAUGCUAGAUCAAAUGUUAAUGACAAAUAACGUAUGUAAAUUGUACACAAUUUGAGUGACGAAGAGAAGAAGCGAAGAAAGAAAAGAAAAGAAAAAAACCUAGAAAAGAACAGAGGACAAACGCUGCUCGUGGCCGCUGAUACACAAAUAAUCAAAUCGUGAUAUUCAAAUACCAAAGUGUUGUUACAUAUACAUUUUUUUUGUUCGUUGCUGCGCGCACGUAGAACCUAGCGUAGAACAGCAUUUAAAAAAAACGAAUAAGACACACACAGAAAGAGAGCAAGAUAGAGAGGCACGUGAGACAAGAAUCGACACGAUGAAUUGCUAAUUUCAUGACAAUUAACACGCCGAUUACCGAAGAGGGAAAUACGUUGGGAACAGAGAGGAAAGCUAGGAGGAACGAGCCGAGAAAAAAUCGCCGAGAAAAAUAAGGAAGGAACGGAAAGGCCUUGGACGCGCACAACGAGACUGAAGCUACGACUGAAGUGAACACACUGUGCUGCAAAACACACAAACAACCUAGCAAACAACACACAAUAUCAUUAGACAAUUCCAAUAGCACAAACCGGCAAUACUCUCUAGCUGAACGGAGUAAGACGACACAAAUUGCCGUUGAAUUACUCUCUGUAAAACAGGUGACAACAACUAAUUCUAUUUCAUAUUCUGAACGGACCCACUGAUUACCAAAAGCCUAGCCAAAAGCGGCUUUUUUUUCAAGUGCAUUGUGCAUCGAAAUUGCAAAAUAAAUCCAACAAUAGGUGAACAAAUUCAUAUCAAAUCGCAGCUGUUUACAGACGGCUCUAGAGAUGGCUGCGACUACACCUGCGACCAUUGGUAUUGAUUUGGGCACGACAUACUCCUGCGUCUCUAUUUUUGAAAAUGGGAAACCCAGAGUUAUUGCCAACGAUAAAGGCCUACUCACAACGCCAUCGUACGUAGCCUUUACUAAGAAAGAACGUCUCAUCGGUGAUGAUGCCAAAAAACAGAUUGGCAUGAACCCCAAAAAUACAGUCUUUGGCAUCAAGCGUAUAAUCGGCCGUAAAUUCGAUGAUCCAGUCAUUCAACAAGACAUUACAGACUGGUCAUUCGUUGUGAAAAAUAUUGACCAAAAGAUGAAAGUCGAGGUUGAAUACCAAGGCGAGGUGAUGCAACUCUUCCCAGAACAGAUUUCGGCAAUGGUUUUGAAAAAACUGAAGGACGCCGCUGAUGCGAAUAUGCGUAUGAAACACACCGACGCCGUCAUUACAGUUCCAGCAUAUUUCACAGAUUCACAACGUCAGGCUACUCUCAAUGCCGGAAGAAUUGCUGGUUUGAAUGUAAAGCGCCUUUUAAAUGAACCGACUGCUGCCGCCUUAGCGUAUGGCAUCGGUAAGAUUGAACAAGACACCCCUCAAAAAAUCCUCAUUUUCGAUUUAGGGGGUGGAACGUUCGAUGUGAGCAUUCUGACGGUAUAUGAAGGCAAUUUUGAAGUAGAAGCAGUUGAUGGUGACAGUCACUUGGGUGGUGAAGAUUUCGACAAUCUUUUGGUCAACGAGUUCGUGGAAGAAUUUCAAAAGCAGCUCAAUGAAAAUCUGCGUUCCGAUGAGAAGGCAAUGAAUCGUUUACGCAAAGAAUGCGAAGAGGCGAAGAAGACGUUGUCAACCGCGUUCAACGCACAACCCCUGCACCACACUAACAAAACAAAGUAAAACACGAAUUUGCGAUGAGCGCAUUCGGUGAAGUUCAUUUCAAUUCUUUUCGUCGUUAGACGCACUCAUGAACGCGACGAAUCGAACGCAUCAACAAUGUUCCGUAAUGAAAGAAACAUUUUUUAAUCAUAAAAUUGAUGUUUAUCACGUGC